CCGAGCUCAGCCGAGCGGCCGGGAGUCAGUUGGUUCAGCUCGUCUUCGCCACAGAAGCAGCCCGUGGCUCUGGCGUCGCCGCCACCGCCGCCGCCUCCGCGGGGCCUGCGCCGGCCGCCCGCCCACCGGGGAGGGAGGGAGGCCUGCAGCGUGGGGAGAGCAGCCGGGCCACGGGUGCCGCCGUCGCCGCCGCCGCCAGGACUGAAUUGCAACUACAGAGGCAACAAGUGACUCCUUAAAGAUGUCACAGGGCUGCAGAAAGUGAACGGAACCUUGGAGAAGAUGAUGAAGUAAGAAGAAUGCUUCUCCCAAGGACAAGAAGCUUAAUAAGGAAAAGUGACUUUCUGCAAAUAACUGACAAAACUGCCCUUGGAAGCACUUCCCAGACCCUCAUGGAAUAGCUGGAGUUUGUAUUACAAGGCUUUCUUGUCUGCUGGUAACCCGAAGUGAUUGUCACCAUGGCCAGCAAGAGGAAAUCCACUACCCCAUGCAUGAUCCCAGUUAAGACCGUGGUGCUGCCAGGUGCCAGCACAGAGGCUCAGCCUGUGGAACCUCUGCCUGAAGGUCCCCAGCAGGAUCUUCCCUCAGAGGCACCUGAUGCCAGCAGUGAGGCAGCCCCUGCCCCCAGCAGCACUGAUGGCUCUGCCCUGGCAAAUGGGCACCGGAGCACUUUGGAUGGCUAUGUAUAUUCCUGUAAGGAGUGUGAUUUCAGGUCCCAGGAUGUGACCCACUUUGUAGGACAUAUGAACUCAGAGCACACGGACUUUAAUAAAGACCCAAAUUUUGUAUGUACAAGGUGCAGUUUCCUGGCAAAAACCCCUGAAGGGCUUUCCCUGCAUAAUGCCAAGUGUCACUCAGGGGAAGCCAGCUUUUUGUGGAAUGUGACUAAGCCAGACAAUCAUGUAGUAGUGGAGCAGAGUGUCCCUGAGAAUGCUAGCUCAUCUGUCCUCGCAGGUGAGUCUACUACUGAAGGGACUGAAAUCAUCAUUACCAAGACUCCAAUCAUGAAGAUAAUGAAAGGCAAAGCUGAAGCCAAAAAAAUCCAUAUGCUUAAAGAGAAUGCUCCUAAUCAGCCUGGGAGUGAGACCUUGCCUAAGCCAUUGGCGGGGGAGGUAGAGGUUAAAGAGGGGGACCAUACUUUCAUUAAUGGGGCAGCUCCAGUCAGUCAGGCAUCUGCUAAUUCCACAAAACCCCCUCAUCCUGCCAAUGGGCCCCUGAUAGGAACUGUGCCUGUAUUGCCAGCUGGUAUAGCACAGUUCCUCUCCCUCCAGCAGCAGCCCCCAGUACACGCCCAGCACCAUACCCACCAACCCCUGCCUACAUCCAAGGCCCUUCCAAAAGUCAUGAUCCCCCUCAGCAGCAUCCCAACAUACAAUGCAGCUAUGGACUCCAACAGCUUUCUGAAGAACUCCUUCCACAAAUUCCCCUACCCAACCAAAGCUGAGCUCUGCUAUCUGACUGUGGUGACCAAGUAUCCUGAAGAACAGCUUAAGAUCUGGUUCACAGCCCAAAGGCUGAAGCAGGGAAUCAGCUGGUCUCCUGAGGAGAUUGAAGAUGCCAGGAAAAAGAUGUUCAAUACAGUCAUCCAGUCUGUGCCUCAGCCCACAAUCACAGUUCUAAACACCCCCCUUGUUGCCAGUGCUGGCAAUGUACAGCACCUCAUCCAGGCUGCUCUCCCAGGCCAUGCUGUGGGGCAGCCUGAGGGCACAGCAGGGGGCCUGUUGGUCACUCAACCAUUGAUGGCCAAUGGGUUACAAGCAUCAAGCUCGUCCCUCCCCCUGACAACUGCAUCUGUUCCCAAGCCAUCUGUGGCACCCAUUAACACUGUGUGUUCAAAUACAGCAUCAGCUGUGAAGGUUGUCAAUGCAGCCCAGUCACUCCUCACAGCAUGCCCCAGCAUAACUUCUCAAGCUUUCCUUGAUGCAAACAUCUACAAAAAUAAGAAGUCCCAUGAACAGCUGUCGGCUCUGAAAGGAAGCUUCUGUCGGAACCAAUUUCCUGGGCAGAGUGAAGUAGAGCAUCUGACCAAAGUGACAGGCCUCAGUACCAGAGAGGUGCGGAAGUGGUUCAGUGACCGGAGAUAUCACUGCCGGAACCUGAAGGGCUCCAGGACCAUGAUGCCCGGAGAGCAUGGCUCUGUUCUCAUUGACUCUGUGCCAGAGGUGCCCUUUCCCCUGUCAUCGAAAGUUCCAGAAGUGACCUGUAUCCCAACAGCAACCUCACUAGUAAGUCACCCUGCCACCAAACGACAAUCUUGGCACCAGACCCCAGACUUCACGCCAACCAAAUACAAAGAGAGAGCCCCAGAGCAGCUGCGAGUUCUAGAGAGCAGCUUUGCACAAAACCCACUUCCUCCUGAGGAGGAGCUGGACCGCCUAAGAAAUGAAACGAAAAUGACCCGAAGGGAAAUUGAUGGCUGGUUCUCAGAGAGACGGAAAAAGGUGAAUGCCGAGGAGACAAAGAAGGCUGAUGGGCAUGUGCCUAAGGAGGAAGAAGAGGGUGCUGAGGAGGAGGGUAGAGAUGAAGAGUUGGCCAGUGAGCUGAGAGUUCCUGGUGAAAAUGGCUCUUCUGAAAUAUUUUUUAGCCAUACCUUGGCAGAGCGGAAGGUCAGCCCCAUCAAAAUCAACCUCAAGAACCUGCGGGUCACUGAAGCCAGUGGCAAGAGUGAGCUUCCGGGGAUGAGUGUCUGUGAGCCUGAGGAAGACGGUUUGAACAAGUUGGUAGAACAGCCGCCAAGCAAAGUAAGCUACAAAAAGACCGCACAGCAGCGUCACUUGCUUCGGCAGCUCUUUGUCCAAACACAGUGGCCAAGCAACCAGGACUACGACUCCAUCAUGGCCCAAACAGGGCUGCCCCGGCCAGAGGUGGUACGCUGGUUUGGAGAUAGCAGGUAUGCCCUUAAGAAUGGCCAGCUUAAGUGGUACGAAGACUAUAAGAGGGGCAACUUCCCUCCAGGUUUGCUGGUCAUAGCCCCUGGCAACCGAGAACUGCUGCAAGAUUAUUACAUGACACACAAGAUGUUGUGCGAGGAGGACCUGCAGACCCUCUGCGACAAGACCCAGAUGAGUGCCCAGCAGGUCAAGCAGUGGUUUGCUGAGAAAAUGGGUGAAGAGACUCGGGCUGUGGCAGACACAAGUAGUGAGGAUCAGGGCCCUGGAAAUGGAGAGCCUGUGGCAGUUCACAAGGUGCUGGGUGAUGCCUAUUCAGAGCUAUCUGAGAACCGUGAAUCCUGGGAGCCAAGUGCUCCUGAGGCCAGCUCAGAGCCCUUUGACACUUCAAGUUCCCAGUCUGGACAUCAACUUGAAACAGAGUGAAUUUGAUCUGAUUACUGUGAAGGACCGGCCAGCCUGGGAUGCUGUCUGCCACAUGGAAGGGCCAAACCUGCCACAUAUCAUCUUGAUGGCCAGCUGCCAGGCACCAGGAAAGCCUCUGGAGCCUUGCUGAGCCCAGAACCUGCCGCCACCCCAACCAUUCUCCACCUGACACUUCUAAGCAAGUAGCAAUGGUUUCUCAUCAGCCCAUCCUCCCACAAUGCAGGACCAUUCCUUGGCCUCCCAGGGACAAAGCAGUUCAGAUUGCAUAUACCUAGACCCAGAAUCAAGUUGUUAGCAUAUACAGUUGCCUAUAUACAUUUAAUAAAGCAUCCUACAACAGACAUUUUCAAUACAUUAGGAUCUCGGGUUACCAAAGCAGUACAGCUCUGACAAUGCCAUGUCUGUUCUCUGGGAAGCUGAGACCACAGGGAUCCUCAUCCUCUGCAGCAACAGGAGUCACAGGCAUGCUCAGAACUGCACCAGGCCUGGCCCUACUUGUCUUCUUAAGGGAACCGACUGUUGGAAGAGAUCUCUGCAUCAUUGAGUGGAGGCACACUAUAGUUUGUGCCAGGCUUGUCUUGUGUUCUGAUUGACACAGAGCCCACUGUUACCCUCAGUUCUGAACACAACCAAGCUAUGACAUUACCAUUGGAUGCUAACCACUCUCUUUAGUUAACUGUAAUUCUGCUUUUUUGUGGAGUUUGAAUCAUGGACCAACUUCUCCAUUAUCAGAUCAACUAAAGAAAUCAUUGUUGUAAAGCCCAAUCUACUGACCUGUAUGUUCCCUUCAGCUCUUCAGACUCCUUUAGAACAAAAGGAAAGUGGUCAAAGUAGAGCCAAUUGCUGUGGCUUUGGCCACCACAGUUCUCAAUGCCUCCUGCAGGUCAGAAGGAAGUUCAUGGUGGCUGGGAGGAAGAAUGAGGCUGAAGGGCUUGGGAGAUUUGAAGUGACUAGAGAUAGAGUGGUCUUGAACACAAAGAUCUGCAGGUGAGAGUUCCUGGCAAAAUGCCUUUGUCUCACACCAAAGGCCCUGGUUAGGUACUGGUUUCAUGAUCCAGAGGUGCUGGACAUCACUGGACAGAUUCCUGUGAGGGUGUUUUUAAAGUUCCACAUUUAUAUUCCCAACCUGAGAAACAAAUUCUCUAUCUACUUUUGCCUAAGCCUCAUGUCUUUUUAAUUAAAAUCACAAGAAAUGGUGCCUUUGAAACAAUUGAAAACUUGCUUAGGGAGCUGUUUUAAACAUUAAAGCCCCCAUCUCUCCUAGGCUGGCUUCCCUGAGAACAGUAGACAAAGCAGGGCAGGGGAGGGAAAGAUGACAAACAAGAUGUGUCAUCCAUGGCCCCACUUACCUCUGGGAGACUCCAUCAGGAGACCCACAGGAGGGCAAGAGCUUUGACCAAGAAGUAGUAGUCAACUUCUAGGUGUUCUCCUUCCUCCCCUUCCCACGGGAGGGGAGUAGUCUGAGGAUGAACAUGGCAGCCCUCAGCCUUUUAGGAAAGAGGGCUUUCUUUGUAACCCAGGGCCCUGGAACCAUUAUGUUUGUCCUGUUCAUCCUGUUCCCAUAGGGAUGGCCUCACAUUUGAUUGGGGAUUUUUGAUUGUUUUGGUUUUUUUGACUACUUGGCAAGUUUUGCAGCCUAUUUUUGUAUCCUUUCUGUUUGGGGAGGGAAGCUAUUUGACCCCAAACCUUGAGGAAUUGGAAAGAAUGAAUGGUGAGUGAUUGUUUUCCUUCAGAGAACAGAUGCCUGAAAGUUUUCCUUUAGUGUUUGUGUAUGUGCAGAUUUACAUAUCCAUAUAUACAGGACACAUACUUAUUUGAUACUUUAAUACCAUAACAAUGUACAUCUGAUGUACAUUUGAGCUUCAUGUGGAUGCCCUAGGGGGAAGUAGUCUGUGAGUGAAGAGAUAACAGUAUACUGGGCAGCUGGAGCAGCAGAGGAAGCCAUCUCCUGUCUAAGAAAGCAUCUGUGUCUCACCUGAGCCCGGAUGCCUGCUGGGCUUCACCUCCAGAGCCCUGCUGCACUAGCUGAAUGGUAGACUCUAUAAAAAACGUCUGAACAAUUUACACGGAACAGAAAUAUUAAGUUACUUGGUGGACAUUACACAGGACACAGAGAGCAGCCUGGUCUCCGGCACUAAGUAAUCUUCUGGAUGGGAAGUUGCAGUAACACUGGCCCUAGCACACCUUUCUCAGAGCUGGUAAUGGCAAGAUUGUCCAGGUAAGAAAUGCAUUAGACUAAAUGGACCUUGCUUCCUUUGCUCUUGGAUGGGGGGAGGGAAAUUGUGGCUUGGACCUUGUUUGAUAGGUAAUGGUGAGGGAGGUGGUCAUGGACUAGGCACUUCAGGGAAGGGCUUUGGAUACCAAGCAUGAGUGCCCUGACAGAGGAGUUGAGGUAUAGAUUGGCAGCUACCAGGCCUAUAGUUACUAUGUGAUAUCACAGUGGCCUUGUACAGUUGGAGGCUCAAGAUGCUCAAUGUGCCUUCAGUAGAAGGCUGGCUGUGGGCUGCUAAGGUAGAGUGGAAUGUGCUUCUCCUAACAGGUGUGCUUUGUGAGACGGUGAGACUUGUCCUAUCCUCUGCACUCACUUGGACUUACCAGAGGCAGGACAUUCUAAGUGUUCUUUGUUGUUGGUCUUGUAUGUUGAUUUUUUUCUACUCACAUAUGUUUGUCAGUUCAGUUAUAAACCAGAACCAAUUCUAACUGAAACCUAAACUUAUACAUAAGCUUUGCAUAUUCUUUGUAAUUUUUUGAUCAGAGAUUUUUCUUUUGGGAGUUGGGUGUAUUUAGUGUUGGGAGUCCUUUCCCUAGAUGACUUUGAGGUCUACUAGUGACUGUCCUUGCACUUUUCUCUUGGCUGGGUACCAGGUGAAAAAAAUACUUUAGCCUGAGGGCACCCUUCCCUCUGGAAGCACAAGGGGAGGUGGGUGGGACCUGGUAGGUGGCUACCUGAGUCCUCCAGUCUGUCCCCAGCUGGCCUUGGGUAUGUGCUACCAGGAAGCUCAGCUGUACUCUCCAGAUCCAGAUGGCUCUCAGAGAUUUUACUUGUUCUAUCAGUAGCUAUGUCACAUCUGUGUCCCUUCCUCCCUGCUGGUCCUAGGACAUUUGUCACACAGUCGCUCGUGUGGAGGGCAGGGGUGGGGGAGCAACCUUUCUGGUUGGAGACUCACUGUCCUCUAGGUGAGUGCUGAGCUGUCCCAGUCUUGAGACUUUGCCUUUGUCUUCCUAGUCUCUACAUGGACCAAACUCCUCAGAUUGGAGCAGCUCAGUCAGUUCCACUGUCACAGCACAAGUGUAUAAAGGCACUUUCUGGGAAACCAGCCAAGAAAAUCCUAAAACAAAACUUAGAAUUUGUGUUUUUACUAAAGCCACUGUGCAGAUGAACUUAUAUCACAUUCAUCUGCAAGACUCAGUUUUCUGUAGUAGUUUUCUAGAUAGAUAAAGGUCUUUGGUCAGUUCAUCCUGGCCAAAGUUUGGCAUGCUGCCUAGUUUUUCUUAUACCAGACUGAACCUUUCUCUUUAGCAUCCCUAAUUUAGAUUUGUCUUCUUCCUUAACUGCACAUUGUUCACCACCAUCCUGCCCAGACCUUUAUGAGGUGAUUUCCAUGUGUUACAGCACUGGAGCCCACAGGCCUUUCUAAGCACAGGUAUUCCAAGACUUCAACCUUAAUUAUCUACACAGCAGUUUCUCCUGCCUUGGUUCAGUGGUGCAGGUAGGUUACUGAGCUCUAUACUCCAGGGCUAAUUAGGCUCUUGAGGGAUCUUCAGUGGAAUGGCUGGGUUUAGUUUAGACUGAGUAAUGACAGAACUGACCAUCAUACUGCCUGCUGUAUACAUCGCUACUUAGCUUACUAGCUAGAAAUCCAAAAGGAACGGAGUCCUCAGAGUCUAUUUCUGCUGGAGUCUGUGUUCCCUAGUUCCUGGCCACUAGGUAGUGGCAAGCCCAAAUGUACUCAGAGUCCAGAACCUGUACUUAGUUGUGGAGUGAAAGUUGUGGAGUGAAAGCAGCUCAGAGGGUGAAAGGGUCCUAGGACUGAGAGCCUGCUUUGGGGGCUUUCUGAGUGCUUGUUAACACUAGCCAGCAAUCCUAUGAACUUGGUCCCCCAGACUGGAAAACCAAUACAGAGUUUUCAGAGUCUAGCAGGAACACCUCUUCCCAGCCCCCUAAAGUCUGGAACAGGGAUGUAAAUCCAGAGAGUACACUUGGGCUACAGACUAAGGCAGACUCUGGUUGGUACAAGGAAGAAGAAAGCACCUGCUUUCUUGGUUUUUCAGUCUCUUAAGGAUGCAGGACUGAAUGGAUUCAGUGUAGUUACUACCCUGUCAUCUCUGCCCUCCUUGAGACAGAUCUUGCUGCUACUCUGGCAGGAACCAGGCAGAACAGAGGGAAAACAGCUAUUUCGCAGGGACUGUUUGCUACAUGGUGUUUUCCUGCUGUUUACAAGGGUGGGCAGAUGGCAAGUCAGAACACCUGAGAGGGGCCUGCACAUUUACCUGCCAUCAGUGCCUCUUUUGUCAAGAGACUAGCGUACUGUACCCACAGAUGGGCACCUGUAUGUUAAUAGCUUUUCUUGAUCUAUGCCUUUUGACAUGUGUUCCCUUCCAUGGAAAGUGGGUGAUUCAGAAUUAUUCAGAACUCGAGUUGAAGGUAAAAUGCCUAGGAUAAAGCCUGCUCAGAUACUGAAUAUAAAACGGGCUGCCAGUGCUCUGUUCUUUCCCAAGCAAGUCCCAGAAGAGACAUGUCCAGUGGGUGAAAGUCUAUUAUGUGGUCCCUGCUAACCUGCAGUUUGUGCUUAAGAAAGAUCUUGUCCCUAGCUCCUGUCCACAGAGUUUGGUCUUGUUCUUGUAGCCCAUGUGAGAAGGCUGGCUGCAGUGAUAGCUAACACCCACUCCUCAGCAGGGUUCCAGCAGAGUUAGGGUGCUCUGUGAAAUUGGGUGGGCCAAGGGCAGGAGUGGUCACUCAGGGCACUGGUCUCUCUCCCAUGCUUCUGAGUAGCUGGCUUUGUUCAGCCUUGCCAGGAAGGUCAGACUGUGUCAUAAUUGUUAUUAAACAGAGAAAAUGAGCCAACCUUUUUCUGGCCCCUGCUGACUAUUGUUCUUUGAGUUGUCCUGACAUAGCCCUUGGGGAAAUUGGGGAAGCAGCCAAAGACCUGCAGUGUCCUUGCUGACAAUGUCUUGGUUCCUGGUCCCCUGCACCUGCUUUGUGUUCUGAUCUCAGUGUGGAUGGCUUUGUUCUCAGGGGGCUCGACUGCUGAGAAGUACAACUGGGGGUGAUUUGAACAGUCUGCCUUUGGUAUGCUUCCUGUCUCCCAGGAACAGCUGAAGCGACUAUCCUGGUGCUAAGUGAAGAGUCACCUGCUACUUCGGCCAGCUGUGAAAGCAAACUAAGAAACAGCAUAUUCUGUCACUUAGACCUUUGGAGAGAAUAUUUCCUGUGUGGUCCUGGCUGGCCUCCCACCAGCCUGCUCUACUCAUUUUGUAGACCAGACUGGCCUCAGACUUGGGUGCUCUUCCUGCCUCUACCUCCCAAGCACUGAAUUACAGGCAUGGGCCACACCUGGCUGGAGUGUAGGGAUCCUUCACCCUGGGAAACAUUUGACUAGAAAGACAGCCUUUGCUUUUGGUGUGGGCUGUGUGUGGUGGGAGGUGGGAAGAUGACCUCUUCGGGCUGAGUCUCCGGGCCUCUUAAGGUCCCCCAUGGGGAUGCUGCUAUUUCCAAGAUGCAAAUUGCACAUUUCCUAGAUUUUGUAUCUGCAAAUUUGGAUAAGGGAUGGGAUGAGGGACAAAACUGCUUGUGUAGUUUGAAUGGGCCUCAGUGGUACUUCCAAUCUUUUAACUGUUCCUAAAUAAAAAUGUACAGACACUUCUUA